AUGUCAUAUACAGUGCUUGGAGUUUAUUUGUGUGUAAUCAAAGUGUUCCACCACUUUUUUCCUUUACGUGCUCCGGUUUCGUAUAUUGUGGUGGUAAUGAUAUUGAUCCUUCUCAUGGCGCCUGCGGGAGUAGUGGCAAAGAUGUGGUGGAAUACUAGUUCAAGAAUAGUUUUAAUAAAUGAGCAAGAGCAGGAAGAUGAUAUUGUACCGGUAUCUUUGUCACACAAUGCUCACAGUUCUGCGGCUGAGAUAGAAAGACAGCAUAGAGUGCAGGAAGAUGAAGAUGAUGUAUCUUUGUCAAACAAUCCGCGAAAUCCUAUACUCGGUGAUGAGUUCAACUUUAUCGACGCUAUCGUAAAUGCGGACUUUUGGCUUUUGAUUCUUGUUUACUUUGUUGGGGUUGGAAGUGCAGCUACCGUGAGCAAUAAUCUAGCACAAAUUGGAAUUUCUCAAGGAGUGGAAGACACGACGACACUAGUGUCACUUUUCAGUUUAUGUAACUCAGUUGGACGAGCUAGUGGAGGACUUGUUUCAGAGCAUUUUAUCAGGACAAUGUAUAUCCCUAGGACUGUGUGGAUGACUUGUACACAAACCAUGAUGAUUGUGAUAUACACUCUUUUAGCAUUUUCUGUUCAGAGAUUCCUCUUAUAUGUUUCAGUCGCAUUUCUCGGGAUUUGCUACGGAAUGCAUGUUUCGAUUAUGAUAUCAACGGUUUCGGAGCUGUUUGGUUUGAAAAACCUUGGGUUAUUUAGCCAUAUAAUGAUGUUGGGAAAUCCAAUUGGAUCAAUAAUUUUGUCUUUGUUACAAGGAUCAACAUAUGAUAAGGAGGCUGCAAAGCAGCUUGGGCUUAAUCUGAUAGAUAUCAGUGAGAUUGAGAUGUAUAUGCUGUUUUGGUACUAUGAUGGUUCUUGUAUUAUGACUGGAAGGAACGACGCUGCAAUUAUUGUUGCCUUGGUGGCUGUUUUUCAGGCCAUGCAGAAUCAGCCUAAUGUUGGAAUAAUUGACGAGUCGUGUAGCUUGAGUACUUUCCAGAGGGAGAAUCUGCCUACUUUACGUGGUCAGUAUGAUCCAGAUGGAGCACAAGAAUAG